AUGUUCGGAUGGGGCCAAAGAAACGGCAUUGGCCAAGUGGUUUCUGCCGCCUGCGGCAAGGAUUGCAAAUGGGACCCUGAGAGUCUGCUUGGCAUAUUAAAGUUGCGGGGAAAUGUCAGCCAAGACAUGGCUAACGGACUUGGGUUGAAACUGGUAAACAUGAAAUCCGAUCUAAUGGAACAAACAGGACAGAGUCACCAACCAACGGAUUCAACGUUACCGGAAAAGGUCUACAGCAUCACCGGCGGCGCAUCGGGCAACGGACUUGCCACGGCUAAGCUGUUGGCUCGCGAAGGCGCCGCGGCCAUCUGGAUCGCCGAUGUACAGGCAGAAUUAUUCGACAAGGCCCGUAGUGAAUUAAAUGAAACAAACAACAACACCAAGAUUUAUCUCGACAGGGUUGAUGUCGGCGACAGCGCCCAAGUCCACCAGUGGGUUCAGCGCAUGGUUUCGGAAUCAGGAGGCAUUCACGGGUCCGCUAACGCGGCCGGCAUCGUGGAUCCGGUCCUGCCGAUGGGGCGGCGGGGAACCGGUUCUCGUCCGCCUUACGGACGAGGCGUGGCGACGCAUCUUUCGCUCCGGGCAAUGUUGAAGAUGGAGAAGGUCAGCAACCCGGCCAUCGUCAACGUCGCCAGCAUCGCCGCGCUGACGACCGGCAUGGGUGGGUAUGCUUACGGGGCGAGCAAAGCCGCUUGCGAUUAUUUCAACCAAAGCGUUGCCAAGGACGGUUUUGGACGUGUACUGGGGAUAAAUAGCGUCCUGCCAGGACCGACCUUGACGCCCUUGUCGAAGGACCGUGCAACGAAUGGCAUCAAUGGCAGACGCGGAACAACCCCCAUUUACCCAGAGGAUGUAGCACGGACAAUUGUUUGGCUACUGAGUGAGCAUUCUUUCACUGUGAAUGGUGCCAGUGUGCCGGUGGGUCAGGGGAGGCCAUGA